UAUGAACUUUGUACGUCGAUAAACAGUUUGUUUUUUCAAUUUCGUGUUGGUGGUGGCGUGUGGAUGUUGUGAACGUAAGGGUUUAAAGAAAUAUCUUGUAAAUAUUAGUUUUGGACUUUUAAAACACCCUAAUAAUGUCUAUGCUUGCGGAGAGGCGUACGAAAAAGAAGUGGUGUCUCAACCCUAAUGGCAAAGACUGGAGUAACGAUAAUAAUAAAUUUGGUCAACGAAUGUUGGAGAAGAUGGGAUGGAAGAAAGGAUGUGGUCUUGGAGUAAACUUGCAGGGGAUGAAAGAACAUGUCAAAGUGUCGGCCAAGAAUGACACCAAAGGUUUAGGGUGUAAAAAUAGUAGUGACAAUGAGUGGAUCCAUCACCAACAAAAUUUUGAAAGUUUGCUAUCGGAGCUCGCAAGUUCCACAUGUGAAGAAAUUAGACCGCCUGGAACAUCAGAAACUAAGCCUGUUUCAUUGGAAGAAAAAUCGAAGAAAUCCCGAGCCAGGGUGCAUUACCAGAAGUUUACAAGGGGAAAGGAUGUCAGUCGAUAUAGUGCUAAUGACCUGGCUUGUAUAUUUGGAAAGAAGUACAGUUCUGCUAACAGUAAAUCAUCUGAGAUACAGUAUUCAUACCACACUAAUACAGUAAACAUCUCCGAAGCUGAUUCAGAGGAUGGCGUGAUUUCUGCUGGGGUGGCUUGUAUAUUUGGAAAGAAGUACAGUUCUGCUAACAGUAAAUCAUCUGAGAUACAGUAUUCAUACCACACUAAUACAGUAAACAUCUCCGAAGCUGAUUCAGAGGAUGGCGUGAUUUCUGCUGAACAUACAGUUGGGCGGAGUUUAAAUGUAUGUGAAGAAAAAACUAUUGAUGACUGUUUAUCCUCACAUUUGCCCAAGCAUAGGGUAAAAGGUGAACCUGGGUCUUACAGGCAUGAAGAUAAAGAUGAGCAAGAGAAGCAGAAUGAUAUUUUGAAAGAAAUUUCAAAUGUGAAUGAAAAUUCUGUUACAGGUAUGGAUAUAGAUCAGGAGUGGAAAAGUGAAAUUGAAGAUAAUUCUGCCAGUCAUUCUUUGUCAGAAUCUUUAGAAAAGAUCAGGUUUAAAAGAAAGAGGAAACAUGCAAAAGAUUCACAAAACAACCAACAAGUCUUUACAGCGACCAUGAUUUCAAGCUCACAAAUUGGAGUGAGUGAAUGUGAUACUGUGGCCCAUGAGGGUGAGGAAAUGGAUAAAAAUGAGGAGGACAAGAAAAAAAAGAAAAAGAAUAAGAAGAAAGACAAGAAAAACAAGCCAGUGGUAGAACACGAGAGUGACAAAGAAGGCAGUAAAAUAUUGAUAAAAGAACUUACGGAAGUUACGUCAGAUGCUGAAGAAAUUGGAAACAAAGAUUCUGAAAAUGCCAGUAUGAUUAGUGAAGCUGACACUAGAGGCUCUAAGAUCAAGGUAAAAAAAGUGGGUAAGCCACAUAAAACUCAGAUUUCUGAAGGACAUAAAGGGCCCCCUGAAAUGAAGAAAAGAAAGAAAAAGAAAAUGUGUUCACAGUAUCUUAAUGAAUCAGAUGUAGUGGAGAACAUUACAUCUGAGAUUGUCAGUCCAUCAUCUCCAGACAACAGAGCUGGGGUCAAUAAUAUUCAGAGAUCAAUAGGUUUCUUCAGUGAAUCAGUUCCUUCUUACAAAGAAGAGCCCCAUCAGUAUGACAUCAAGAGUGUUUUGAAGCCUAGAAAGGCCAUUAAGAAACAUCACAGUAAAAGCAUGGAUUUUGGUUUCAAAGGUUCUAAUUUGGAUAGAAUCUUGGGAUAUGGGAGUUUGAGUGUAGCCUGAAAACAUGCUAAUGAAAUAAAAUAAAAAAUUAUAUUGCAACAAGUGUCAGAGUAAACUAACUAGUCUACCCAAAUACUAAAACUCUUGGAUCCUGUUUGCAAGUGGUGAUACACUCAUGAUCUCAGUUUGCUGGUUGACAAACAGUGAAAUGUGACACACUGAUCAACCUGGAUAUUGUAUUUUAAAUUUUAUGUAAAUUCCGAACUAUAUUUUUUGCAUUGUAAUAAAAGUGUACUUUUUACAUAUAAAA